AUGGAAGAAGAUGUUUGUGAUGGUUAUAACUGGAGAAUGAAUGAAUUAGCAAAGUGUCCACAAAAACAAUUUGAACAGCUACCAAUUCCUGGAAACAAAAGCUCUCAUAAUGCAAUUCAGAUUUUCUUGUUCAAAGUUAGAAACACUUUGAAUUCUUCAGAAUCACAACCAGCAGGCACUCUGGAUCAGGCAUCAAGCGACUGGACUGUGGAUCUAGCCAACAUGAAGUCAAUUCCGACGACGGCCUUGCUGUUUAGUUGGCCUAUAUUCCUGACAGCUAUGGGCGUCAGGGAAUUAUCUAACACGAUAGGUCAUCCUGUUGCAACCACGGAGAGUCAUUUAGAACCAUGGUCUUACUUGUUAAAAUCUUGGGAUCAGGCACUUCAACCGCAGGAAGGUGCUCGAACGGAAACAAGAUAUCCAUCAGGAAUAACGUUCAACCCACCCGGAACAGUGAUUACUUCCAACAAUAUUCAGUCUACUGGUCACAUUACACCGAUUGAAACUUUUUAUACCGAUGCAUAUGGCAAGAGUUCUCUUUGGCAAGUGAAUAAAUAUCUCUUCAACACGCGCGACAGACUAGUGCCCGAUCAUUGGAGUGGAGUCGCGAGUCUGGAACAACGUCCAAUAAAUCAGGAGGCAGGAAAAGAGCACCCUCAGUCAAACACAUCACCUUCAAGUCCACGGACACAAUCUCCUUGGCGCGAGUCAAGUACGUUGAAUUCACCUUUAUCGGCCACCCAUGUGGACAAUCUUGGAGGGGGGACGUCGGGACACCUCGAAGACCAACUGCAGGACUCAGUGUACUACAGCGAAUUAAACCAUGUCGUAAGCCAGCUUCCAAGAAUCGAGGCAGAUCCGAUGUGGUGGCUUGACCAACUCAGUGCAGCCGACUUCGACGGAGUUCAACACAAUGAUGGCCUCCAUUUAGGAAAUCCCUCCGAUAGCGUCACGGGGCUAGGGGACCACUCGGAAGUGCACAAUACCUACCCGCAUGACCCUCUGGCCUUUUUGGAUGCAUCUCACGUUGGUCUUCCACUCUCAUCAUCCGGUCACCAAAACACUGCCGAGCAUCAGGUCAAAUCUUCGGAAAAUGUCUUCGCUCACAUCCUUGGACAGAACGUCAUCUUUGAUACACCUUUUGGCUCUCAAAUCGUCAACAACAAACCCAAACCAAUCUCUCAUGACGGUUCAUUGCAACCUUCCACUUCGGUUAUUUCUCCUGUCGCAAACCAAAGACAGCCUCUGGAAAUUCUUGAAGACUCCAACCAUGACACACCUCAAAGUACACAGUCUAUAUUACCUGCCUCAGAGGCAGAGCAGAAAUUGGAGCGAUCUUCCUAUUCUUUGGUCAAUAGUGGCUUGCAAGAUUCCUGGAGUAAAUUUUCGCGCCUUCAGCAUUCAUCACCGGCUAGUCUUGCGCACGAAGAACCCACAAAACAUGGACCAGUUUCAUUGCUCGAAUCAGGAAUACUCAAGCGCCCCGUUCACCCUCCUGGGCUUGAACCACAAUCGUCCAGGACAAGACCUCAUCAUAAUCAUAAUGACGGAUUUGUCAGUCAAGUAGAAACAUAUCCCCCGUCAAUAAAUACCGACAUUCAUACCCCGGACUCAUCAACUCCCUCGAAUCAGCAGUCGUCGAGGUUGCAAUUCAGGACCCCUACAACUCCUGUACUCGAUUCCGAAACACAUCAUAUCCCGAGACUCAAAAAACACCGUAAAGAUCAAGAUAUACGUAAUGAUCCAGUCGAUAUCGAAAAUCAUGAAUCAACAUCAGCCAUUGAAAGAUAUUACGGAAAAUUUUGGCCUCAAGAAAAACCAUACAAGGAGACAUUCUUCUUUGAUGAUUUUGUAAAACUUGGUACAUUUGUGCCCACUUCAAAUCAUCCAUCAACUUCACCUAGGGUAUUGAUUGAUACCUUUCAACCUGAAAUUGAAAAAUUUAUGAAUACAAUUUCAAAAAAUUGUAUCAAUUGGCGUUAUAAAUCAUAUCUCACCGACAAUAUGAGACACCUGUUGGAUAAUUAUCUAGAGAUCUUAUCCAUCUGUUCUGAAGUUGUUUCAUCUAACGGUUCACCUCACAACAUGGCAGGAGAUCUUCGUGAAGGCUACGAUUGGUUAAUGGAAGGAUUAGAAGAUCUUCCACAUACUCAAUUUACAAACUUGCCAAUACCUGGAAACAAGUAUUCAUCUCGAAGACCCAGAAGCAGAGCCUUUACGAAUCUCUUUGAUCGGUUUACCGUCUUCGAUGGUACAGUAUAUUGGUUAAAACAUCUAUCAUAUAGUAGCAGACGUGAAAGAGUGGCGGCUACGUUCGUAUUAGCUUUCAUGCGUCAGAAACGAGCUCACUGGAUCCACCAUCUGACGCCUUAUAGUGCUGAUGAGUUAUUUGUGCGAACGUUAUUGAUUUUUGCAAAAAGGGUAAGACCAUUGAAAUAUCCUACAAAACUCAAAGAGGAUAACAAUCCAGCUCAUCAAGCCGAGAGACGGAUUGAUAGGCUCUCGCAAGAUCACAGUCCAACUUUUGAUGUCAUUGUAGAAGACCAGUUGAUAAUCUUGGUUACAACAAGGACCAAUAAGCCCGAGUUAUGA